AUGCGUUACCUCUACUUCCGCCCCAACACGGCAAGCCAGGCGCGCGCCUGCCGCGACCAUCUCCUCACCCACCUGGACCAAUGCUCGUCGCGGGCCCACCUGGCUGAGCUCCACGGCCGGCUCAUCCGCGCCCACCUCCGCCCCAAUCCCUCCGCAGUCGGUCGGCUCGUCGCCCUCCUCGCCUCCCCUGUGGCGAGGCAUGACAUGCCCUACGCGCGCAGGGUGUUCGACAGAAUGGCCCAACCGACCGCCUUCGUCUGGAACUGCAUGAUUCGAGGGUACAACAGUUGCGACGCGCCUGCGGAUGCAUUGAGGUUGUUCAGGGCGAUGCUUCGGAGGGGAGUCUCUCCUGAUAAUUACACCAUGGCUGCGGCGGUGUCCUCGAGCGCUGCAUUCGCCGGCUGCAAGUCGAGGUCAACUGGGGACGCGGUACAUUCCUUGGUUCGCAAGACUGGCUUUGCAUCGGAUGUGUUCGUCAUGUCAGGCCUUGUUAAUUUCUACGGCUCCUUCAGAAGUGUCGAUGAUGCAAGGAAGGUUUUCGAAGAGAUGGCCGAUCGGGAUGUGGUGUCGUGGACACUGAUGAUCUCGGCUUUUGCACAGUGCAGUCAGUGGGAUGAGGCGUUAAGGUUGCUUGCUGAGAUGCAAUCACAAGGCACUAAGCCGAACAAGGUCACCGUUAUAAGUCUCCUUUCUGCAUGCGGCCAAGAGCAGGAUGCUGACAGAGGCCGGUGGGUGUAUGCACGCGUUGAUGAGUACGGCAUUGAGGCUGAUUUGGAUGUCAGGAAUGCACUUUUAAGCAUGUACGUGAAAUGCGGAUCCAUGUCGGACGCAUUGAAAACAUUUCAGCUCAUGCCAAUAAGAAAUACUAAAUCAUGGAACACGUUGAUUGAUGGGUUUGUGCAAAAUGGGAAGCAUAAGGAAGCACUAAGAAUGUUUGAAGAGAUGUUAUCAGAUGGUAUAGUUCCUGAUCUGAUUACCCUCGUAAGUCUCUUAUCGUCAUGUGCUCAGCUUGGUGAUCUCCAGAAAGGAAGAUACUUUCACAAUUAUAUCAAAGAUCAUGGGAUCCGCUGUGACAUCAUCCUUCAUAAUUCUUUGAUUAACAUGUAUGCUAAAUGUGGCCAUAUGGCUGCAGCAGAAAUGGUUUUUGGAAAUAUGACACAAAGGGAUACCGUGUCCUGGACAGCUAUGGUUUGUGGUUAUGUGAAAGGACUUCAGUUUACAACGGCCUUCAGUUUAUUUGAAGAGAUGAAGGUUGUAGAUGUUGUGUCAAGUGAAAUGGCACUGGUUAGUCUACUUUCUGCUUGUUCCCAGCUAGGAGCACUUGAUAAAGGGAGAGAGAUACACACUUAUAUAGAAGAGAAGAGUGUAACAACAGACGUAUGGCUUGAAAGUGCCCUGGUGGAUAUGUAUGCAAAAUGUGGUUGCACUGAUACAGCCGCUGAAAUAUUCAGUACAAUGCAGCACAAGCGAACCCUCACAUGGAAUGCUAUGAUUGGAGGUCUUGCCAGCAACGGACAGGGAAAAGAAGCAGUGGAGCACUUUGAACAAAUGCUGAAGCUAAGAGACCCAAAGCCUGAUGCUAUCACUCUAAAGGUAGUUCUUGGUGCCUGUGCACAUGUAGGAAUGGUUGAUGAGGGGCUGCAUUACUUCUAUUUGAUGUUGAGCCUUGGUAUUGUCCCUGAUAUUGAGCACUAUGGUUGCGUAGUAGACCUCCUGAGUAGAGCUGGGCUGCUAGACGAAGCAUAUAGUUUUAUCAAGAAGAUGCCAAUACAGCCCAAUCCAGUAAUUUGGGGAUCACUUCUUGCAGCUUGUAGAGUUCAUCACAAAAUGGAACUAGCAAAGAGAAUUGGACAGCACAUCAUCGAAUUAGCUCCUAAUGACGUGGGAGCACAUGUCCUAAUUUCGAACUUACAUGCUGAAGAAGGUCAGUGGGAUGAUGUAGAACAAGUAAGAGGGCUGAUGGAAAGCAGAGGUGUAGAGAAAUCAUCUGGUCGUAGCUCCAUCCAAGUCUAG